GAUUGACUGGAAGAAGUUAACUGAUCUUGCAGAAAAAUAUGGCAGCUGGAAAGAACUGAGUAAGGGGGAAGAAAGGAAGGAAGGAAGGAACAAGUCUGCACUGGUAGGCCCCAAAGAACACUUUCAUCUUUGUCACUUAGCAGCAAGGCAAAGCACAUACACGCAGGAACUCCUUAAAUCGGGUUGCCAUCUCCCUUUGGUGCAACGUGUUAGUUCCCACUGCCACACUAGCAUCUUCAGUUCUUCUUCCCCUCCAUCCAAGAGAAAGAAGAAAGUAUCCUUCCAAGCCAUUACUUGCUCUGAUUCUUGGGGAGCAUCCCUUCCAUAGUAUCCUCACUACAGCUGCAGGCAGGCAGGUUCGAGCAGCUAGCUAUAAUAACCCCCUGAUCGGAUCGGCUCUCGUUUCUUGCGAUGACCGGAGGGGAUUCCAUUUGCAUGGAUGCGAUCAGCCUGGAUGAGUGGGAGAUCGUGCCUGGCCUCGGGAGCUCCUUCUUCAUGGAGGGGUGCACUGCUGGUGGCGAUGAAGAAGAGGCCAUGGAUCCACCGGUGCAAGCUGCCUCUUCUCAGCAGCAGCAGCAGCAGCAUGCCGUCGAGGACAUCGGCGUCGUGCAGGCUGAGCUGAGGCGAGGGGAGCUCGCGUCGGAGGUGACUGAGGUCAUGGUCUCCGGUGCAGAAGAGGGGGAAGAGAUCGUCAACGUCGAGUCCCCUGCUGCUGAGGAGGUUUGUGAUGAGGACGAGGUGAUGGUGGAAGCAGCACCUGAUCAUCUGGGUGCCGAGGAGGAAGAAGGUGUUGAGGGAGACAGGGCAGGGAUGAACUGCGCUGGUUUCAGCGUUGGGAAACUGCGGGUGAACGGGGUGGGGGCGCUCUGCUCGUUCGGCGUCGCCGCUGCCACUUUCUGCGUCCUCGUGCUUGGCGGCAGGCCGCAGCAGGGGAAGAUUAUGAUGCAAGACCAGAAGUCCCAGUUCCAGAUGUAUGCCGAUGAUGAGAGGAUUCAUCGUGCCGUGGAGCAGGCGUCCAGGAUGAACCAGGCCGUGUCGUCGGUCGUAGGUGGCGCGUCCACCACCAGGGCGACGGUGUCUUUCGGCGGCUACUACAACGGGUUUUGACGUGCCAGAAGCUUCUAGAACCCGUCGACGCAUCCACGAUGUUCGUAGCAUUAGGCGUAUUGAUAUUGAUGAGAUUCUUUAUUUACAUUGGUCAUGUUCAUUCAUGUAUGUACAUAUGAUAGCAUCUAUAUCCACUGUCAUGUAGAAGUACAUUUCCUGCCA